GCCCUCAGCUCAACACGUCACUGCCCGAUCCACAGAAGACACUACCUUUUCUGCUGCUGGACUCCAGUGGGUGAUGAUGCCGUAAUCUCUGUUGAGGCGUCCAUUGAUUUUGCUGAGAAGCCUUUUAGAAGUCAGGGGGAAAAGAGAUCAUCUGAAGAGAGGAUGAGCUCAAUUUUAAAGAGAAGCCUCCUGAGGCUCAGAGAAGUGAAAGCUUAUACAGGUUCAAGUAGAAAAUGGUUGCCUGUGUUCACCUACUGUGAAGACUUGGAAUCAGACAACCAGUUUUGAAUCUCUAAAGUGUUUCAGGAUGUAAAUGCAGUCUGACCUUUCCCUGAUGGACAGUUAAAUCAUGGACAUGAGAGACAAUUUACUUUGGACUGCCCUUCCAAACCAUGCUUUGGCUUCUGCCUUGAAUGCUCACUAAGCAUUUGUAGCUGACAAGGAAAAGAAAGAAAACUGUGAACUGGAAAGUUAUCUUACAAUGAAAAUUACGAGCACAUCUUGCAUCUGUCCAGUCCUCGUGUGUCUCUGUUUUGUGCAGAGGUGUUAUGGAACUGCUCACCACAGCUCCGUCAAGGUGACCAGAAACCAAACCAAACACAUCGAAGGAGAAACCGAGGUCCACCAUCGUCCCAAAAGGGGAUGGGUUUGGAAUCAGUUCUUUGUUUUAGAAGAACAUAUGGGACCAGAUCCACAAUACGUUGGCAAGCUGCACUCCAAUUCUGACAAAGGCGAUGGGUCUGUCAAGUACAUCCUCACUGGAGAAGGUGCCGGGACCAUAUUUAUCAUUGAUGAUACCACAGGUGACAUCCACUCAACAAAAAGCCUAGACAGAGAGCAGAAGACCCACUAUGUGCUCCAUGCCCAGGCUAUUGACAGACGGACAAACAAGCCUCUUGAACCGGAGUCCGAAUUCAUCAUCAAAGUGCAAGAUAUCAAUGACAAUGCUCCAAAGUUCACAGAUGGACCGUAUAUUGUGACUGUGCCUGAGAUGUCGGAUAUGGGUACCUCUGUUCUACAGGUGACAGCUACUGAUGCGGAUGACCCUACCUAUGGGAAUAGCGCUCGGGUGGUUUACAGCAUUCUCCAAGGACAACCCUACUUCUCCGUAGAUCCUAAAACAGGAGUUAUUAGAACUGCCUUACACAACAUGGACAGAGAAGCCAGAGAACACUACUCGGUGGUCAUUCAAGCCAAAGACAUGGCUGGGCAAGUCGGAGGGCUUUCGGGGUCGACAACAGUCAACAUCACCCUGACAGAUGUCAACGACAAUCCCCCACGGUUUCCUCAGAAGCACUAUCAGCUGUAUGUUCCCGAGUCAGCUCAAGUUGGUUCAGCUGUUGGGAAAAUCAAGGCAAAUGAUGCAGACACUGGUUCAAAUGCUGACAUGACAUACUCCAUCAUUAAUGGUGAUGGUAUUGGGAUAUUCACCAUCUCUACUGACAAAGAGACCAGAGAAGGGAUCCUGUUCUUAAAGAAGCCACUGAACUAUGAGAAAAAGAAGUCCUACACCCUCAACAUAGAAGGAGCAAAUACACAUCUUGAUUUUCGCUUCUCUCACCUGGGCCCUUUUAAAGAUGCUACCAUGCUGAAGAUCAUUGUCGGCGAUGUGAAUGAACCACCACUAUUCUCCAUGCCUUCCUACAUCAUGGAAGUCUACGAAAAUGCUAAGGUUGGAACUGUGGUUGGCACAGUUUUGGCACAAGAUCCCGACAGUGCUAACAGUUUAGUGAGAUAUUUCAUUGACUACAAUGAUGAAGAUGACAGAUUUUUCAACAUUGAUGCCAAUACUGGGUCUAUUAAGACCACAAAGGUUCUUGAUAGAGAAGAAACUCCAUGGUACAAUAUCACAGUGGCUGCUUCAGAAAAUGACAAUCCUGGUUUGCUGAGCCAUGUCACAGUGGGUAUUAAAAUUCUGGAUGUCAAUGACAAUCCGCCUGAACUUGCCAGGGAAUAUGAUAUUGUCGUCUGUGAAAAUUCUAAACCCGGCCAGGUUAUUCAUACCAUCAGUGCCACUGAUAAAGAUGAUUUUGCCAAUGGACCAAGGUUUAACUUCUUUCUUGAUGAACACCUGUCUAUAAACCCAAACUUCACCCUGAGGGACAAUGAAGAUAACACAGCCAGCAUUCUGACCAGGCGGAGGAGAUUUAGUCGCACUAUGCAGGAUGUGUAUUAUCUCCCCAUUAUGGUCUCUGAUGGUGGAAUCCCCUCUCUCAGCAGCAGCAGCACCCUCACCAUCAGGGUUUGUGCAUGCGAGAGAGACGGGCGCGUGCGGACCUGCCAUGCCGAAGCGUUCCUGUCCUCGGCUGGUUUGAGCACAGGAGCCUUAAUCGCUAUUCUUCUGUGUGUUCUCAUUCUCCUAGCAAUUGUAGUGCUUUUCAUCACCCUGAGACGUAGCAAAAAAGAGCCCCUGAUCAUCUCAGAGGAGGAUGUGCGCGAGAACGUGGUCACCUAUGACGACGAAGGCGGCGGGGAAGAAGACACCGAGGCCUUUGACAUCACAGCCUUGAGGAAUCCAUCCGCAGCUGAGGAGCUCAAGUACCGGAGAGAUAUCAGACCUGAAGUGAAACUCACCCCCAGACACCAGACAUUGUCCACCCUGGAAAGUAUAGAUGUUCAGGAAUUUAUUAAGCAAAGACUGGCAGAAGCUGACCUUGACCCCAGUGUCCCCCCUUAUGACUCUCUUCAGACUUAUGCCUAUGAGGGUCAGAGAUCGGAAGCUGGGUCCAUCAGCUCCCUGGAUUCAGCCACGACGCAAUCAGACCAAGAUUAUCACUACCUUGGAGACUGGGGGCCAGAAUUUAAAAAGCUAGCUGAACUCUAUGGAGAAAUAGAAUCUGAAAGAACAACUUAGGGGGUCAAUUCUUGAGACAUUCUAGAAUUUGCUUCCUGACACAAGUGAAGACAUAACCUCAGCCAUGACAAGGAAGAAGUGUGGCAACAGUACUUGGAACUGAGCAAGCUGUACACAGCCACUGUAGAAACAAGUGCCCUUUUCAUGAUCGAAACUGGGUUAUUUAAUUGAAAGAAAGUUAAAAAAGAAAAGAAAAAAAAAAGCACCAACAAACACAAAAAGCUAUUGUUCCUUGUGUAUAUUUUUAAUUGCUCAAUAAAGUCUGUGGUAAUGUUUAAUUAAGAAUACCUGAAUUCAGCCAAACAAUGAUAUUUGUUUCAAUAUUUGGUGAUAUUUUCCCCCAAACAAAACUAAAUAUAAAGGUUCAAAAUCACUUAUGACUGCCUUCUAGGAGUGGUACACACUACAGAAUGGAACUCAUGAAGGUAAUCAUGAUCUUUUUUUGUCCACUUCCCUGUGUGGACUCCUGAGACCCACACUCUGUGAUUGUGACAGAUCUCAUUAGCUUUGUCUUAUGUUUAACUGGUGUGAGGGAUAUCCAAUCUACCGAGCCACUCUGUCAUGGACUUGUAUGUAUCAUUUUUCUUUGCCCUCCCCACUUCUUUUCUCCAUAGGAAAUUGAUGGAGCAUGGGGAUUUGCUGCUUGCACUAUACUGUAUGCAAUUUCUGUGCACUGACUGUGCACUGCUCUGAAGCACAGAGACCACUGUCUCUGUCCCACGGGCCCCCUUUUAUUUUAACAACAAAAACCCCCACUUUCUAUUAAAUUGAUAGAAUGGAUAGUUUAACGUACUCUCAGAUAAUCUGAUCUAUCAGGGAAAGAUUUAAUCUAAAAAAUAGCUACAAACCUCACCCUGUACAAAACUUUGGGGAACUUUUUUUUUGUCCCCAAUGGUUUUGGUAUAUUUAAAUUAGUAGAUUUGAUCAUUCCUAUACCUAAAAUUAGUUGUCAAUUUAUGAUUGGUUUAUACUUCAGUGUGCUUUGCUUAUUCAUAACAUGGGCAGUUACCAAAAAUGUGUGCUUCACAAGAUAAGAAUGUAUCUGAAAACAUUAUCCUCAAAAGCGUAUCAACUUAUGAUUGACUUACCAGCAUUCCUUACAUAGCUUUUGACUUUCUCCACCUCACUGACUGAUUGGCCCUUAUAGGCUUGGGACCUACAGGAAAAUGGGUAGGAUGAGGAGCAAACAAAAAAUAGGAUAUUCACAUGUAUUAUUCUUGGCCACAUCCCCAAAGUCUCUGAGUUUCAGGGCCCCAAACUAAAAAUGGCAAAAACUGAUCCUCACAGGCUUGUGUGAGGAUCAAUAGGCAUCUAUAAAACUGUUUUGCCAGCUCUAAACUGUUCUGUCACAUAAAGGCUUGCAGAUGCCAUCUACUUUUCUAAUCUAUUAGCUUAUAAAUAUAUAGUUAUACAUGCAUUUUGAAUAAAAUAUAUUAUUAUAGAAUAAUUGCAUAAAAUCUUCAAUGGUGAAACAGCUGCUAACUACACAUACAUGUUGAAUUCUUUUAAUAUUUUCCCAAAUCAGCUAAUUUUCUUAGAAUUUCUUGGGGCAUCGCCCCCAAAUUGUUUAGAUAAUAUUUUGAGCUGUUGCUGGUAAUCUUAAAUGGGUUCAUAGCAUAAGGGUCUUAUUUGCCAAAAAUGACCACAGUUCUGUAUUAAUUGAAAUUCACAAUUGAGAAUUAUUUCAAAGGGGUGUGUUUUGUUUGAUCUUUAAAUUUAUUACAAUCUAGUGUCGUCAAAAUUAGUAUGCAUAGUCUGAUUCUACCUAUGUGCAAAACUGAAUUUUCGCCUCUGUUUGCAACUGCCCUGUGCUGUCAUAUUUCAGUUUUGAGGUAUAGGAAGUAAGUAAGUUUAAUUUGAAUAAUUCUCAAUUUGUGUUCUAAGCCUGAGGAAUAAAAUGCAAUUUAAGUUUUUUACAGCAUUUUAACUUUCCAGAUGCUACUUUAUCAUUUUUUAAUAUCAUAAUCGUGUGCAUUCCAGUAUAAAGUUAGGUCAAAAGAGACACUCAGGGGCUUUGGUGAGUAACCUCUGGAGGCACAUAUUGAAUGGCAUUUAUCCCGAAAGAAGGGGUAACCCUUGGAGAACUUCUAUGAAUCCUGGUGUCUUGAACUUCCUAUGCAAAGAAGACCAGGAAGGUCAGGUUUAGGGAGUCCAGCAAGCUUUUGGAUUUAGACUUUUAAUAAAUUAUCCACAGCUUU